AUGGUUAAGUGGUUCUCGGCGGCAGAUGGAUUAGGGUUGCGGUUUCGGACCCCGUGGGCAGCCAGCCAGGGAAAGGGUUGUUGCGGUGGUGGUGUGGUGCGGCUAUCGAACGAGGCGGAAUACAACACGAUGCAACACGACACCACGAUCAAUGCGGAUAAGAAACUGGACCGAGAUGGGGAGAGUGGCGCGCGAGAACUGCGGCCGGCUGGCUGGGAAAGUCGUGCCGGGCACGACACCUACUUCGUAUUUUCGAUAUUAUUAUUAUUAUUAUUAUUAUUAUUAUUAUUAUUAUUAUUAUUAUUAUUAUUAUUAUUAUUAUUAUUAUUAUUAUUAUUAUUAUUAUUAUUAUUAUUAUUAUUAUUAUUAUUAUUAUUAUUAUUAUUAUUAUUAUUAUUAUUAUUAUUAUUAUUAUUAUUAUUAUUAUUAUUAUUAUUAUUAUUAUUAUUAUUAUUAUUAUUAUUAUUAUUAUUAUUAUUAUUAUUAUUAUUAUUAUUAUUAUUAUUAUUAUUAUUAUUAUUAUUAUUAUUAUUAUUAUUAUUAUUAUUAUUAUUAUUAUUAUUAUUAUUAUUAUUAUUAUUAUUAUUAUUAUUAUUAUUAUUAUUAUUAUUAUUAUUAUUAUUAUUAUUAUUAUUAUUAUUAUUAUUAUUAUUAUUAUUAUUAUUAUUAUUAUUAUUAUUAUUAUUAUUAUUAUUAUUAUUAUUAUUAUUAUUAUUAUUAUUAUUAUUAUUAUUAUUAUUAUUAUUAUUAUUAUUAUUAUUAUUAUUAUUAUUAUUAUUAUUAUUAUUAUUAUUAUUAUUAUUAUUAUUAUUAUUAUUAUUAUUAUUAUUAUUAUUAUUAUUAUUAUUAUUAUUAUUAUUAUUAUUAUUAUUAUUAUUAUUAUUAUUAUUAUUAUUAUUAUUAUUAUUAUUAUUAUUAUUAUUAUUAUUAUUAUUAUUAUUAUUAUUAUUAUUAUUAUUAUUAUUAUUAUUAUUAUUAUUAUUAUUAUUAUUAUUAUUAUUAUUAUUAUUAUUAUUAUUAUUAUUAUUAUUAUUAUUAUUAUUAUUAUUAUUAUUAUUAUUAUUAUUAUUAUUAUUAUUAUUAUUAUUAUUAUUAUUAUUAUUAUUAUUAUUAUUAUUAUUAUUAUUAUUAUUAUUAUUAUUAUUAUUAUUAUUAUUAUUAUUAUUAUUAUUAUUAUUAUUAUUAUUAUUAUUAUUAUUAUUAUUAUUAUUAUUAUUAUUAUUAUUAUUAUUAUUAUUAUUAUUAUUAUUAUUAUUAUUAUUAUUAUUAUUAUUAUUAUUAUUAUUAUUAUUAUUAUUAUUAUUAUUAUUAUUAUUAUUAUUAUUAUUAUUAUUAUUAUUAUUAUUAUUAUUAUUAUUAUUAUUAUUAUUAUUAUUAUUAUUAUUAUUAUUAUUAUUAUUAUUAUUAUUAUUAUUAUUAUUAUUAUUAUUAUUAUUAUUAUUAUUAUUAUUAUUAUUAUUACUGAGUUGA